AUAACAUGGCCGAUGACUGAAGACACACACUUCAAUGGAUGCUCUUGUCCUCGAUCGACAUCAUUCCCUCUUCGCUGAAUAUGGCCGUGUCAGGUGGAAUGAAUGACAACGAUGAAGCUGUGUCUGUUCCUCGUCCGUACGAAACUAUCCUUUGUGGGGAAAGAUGCAUUUAUCUUAAUCUGAUGUUGCUUGGUGACUACAACGCUGGAAAGACAAGCUUUAUCCGUCGAUUUGUGGAAGGGACAUAUGCCAAAACCAUAGCCACAAUGGGCUGCGAUAUUUAUGUUAAGGAUGUGUGGAUUGACAACUCAGAAAUCAACUUAAGACUGUGGGAUACCUACGGAGGUGAGCGGUACAUGGGUCCCCGUAAAUCUUUAUAUAUGUUCUGUCACGGAGUGAUUAUUGUGUAUGACGUUACAGACAAGCCCAGUUUUGAAAACAUCGAGAAGAUCUGGUUGAGAAGCGUAGAAGAGAGCGGGUUUCGUGAUCUGGUGGUGGUUAUGGUGGGAACUAAGUGUGAUCUUCCAGGUCGACAGGUUGAUUACGUCACAGCUAAGAGUUUUGCUGACGGACUAAACAUACCGCUGUUAGAGACAAGUUCCUUGACUGGGUAUGGUAUCGACCGUGCUGCCAUGUCAGCUGCAACAUUGGCCUUAAACAAAAUCCUACAGAACGCAUCGUCCAUUAAGGAAUGCUUCGAAACAGCCAGACAAACCAACACUUGAUGAGAAUUCUCCUGUUGGAAAAAAAAGUCGACAGAACUCUUACAAGGGUUUAUGAUGGCCGUGUGCGCUUUCGUAAUAGUUUCCGGUGGCAAAUAAUUGCAUUGUAUGUCAGGCAAUCUACUAACUGAUACUUGCUGUCAAAACAAAUAUCUGUUCAGCAGUCUAACAACCGCGCUAGCAGUCAACAUAAAUGUAUGUCCGAAUGUCGAACAACAUAAACUGUUGUUUACACUGUCAGUUAAACUUCUAACAGAACAGCUAACACCGGCAUGUAACCACAAUGUCUGUCCAAUAGCCUAAGAGCUGACACAUGCAAUCGGAUAAAAUGUCUGCCCAACAGUCUAAAGGCUGACACUGGUGCCAGCAGUCAAAUACAAUAUCUGUCCAAGCGUCUAACAACAGCGCUUUUAAUCAACUGCAUCUAAAAAUGCAGUGACAAUUACACUCGCAAUUGCAGAUUUAUAACUGCAGUUCCAAAACACCUACAAAAUUGUCCACGUUCAAUUAUUGAAAGUAUAUCUUCAUGUUCAUGUUCAUGUGCAUAUAUAAAAGUGAAUAGUUAGCAUAAGAUGCUAAUUUAGUGAUAGACUAAGUGUGUCCCAAAUAUCGAAUGACAAAAGGUCAACUUAAUUGAAAGUAUGUAUUUGUAUGAUUGAUCUCUUUGUAUAAACAAUGUUUUCCUAUGAAUCGAAAAGCUGUAUGACA